AUGAAGACGUUAGUCAUCCUAUUAUCCGCAGUCGUUCUUGCGAACUCGUUGAGGUUCUACGUUCCUCCAAAAGAGAAAAAGUGCCUGAAAGAGGAAAUUCACAAGAAUGUCGUCGUAACUGGAGAAUAUGAAUUCAGUCAAGGAAUACAAUACACUGGAAGUAUCCAUGUUACCGACACUCGAGGACACACUCUUUACAAGCGUGAAAACUUCAUCGAUCUGAAAGGGAAGUUUGCAUUCACCGCCGACGAGUAUGACAUCUUCGAGAUUUGCAUUGAAAACCAUCCACCAGCAGGACAUCCAGGAGAGAAACGCGAGGUUUCUCUUGUAUUGAAGCACGGAGUUGAAGCAAAGAACUACGAUGAUAUUGCCAAGGCCGAGAAGCUGAAGCCACUCGAGGUUGAACUGAGACGGUUGGAGGAUUUGGCUGAUUCCAUCACCAAGGAUUUUGCCUUCAUGCGCCAGAGAGAGGAGGAAAUGAGAAACACGAACGAAUCGACAAACAGCCGCGUCCUCUAUCUUUCGAUCUUCUCGAUGCUCUGCCUUCUCGGUCUCGCCAUUUGGCAAGUGCUCUUCUUGCGAAACUAUUUCAAGUCGAAGAAGCUCAUCGACUAG